AUGGCUGAUUACAAGAGGAUUAUCCGUUCGUCGCCUCGCACCUUGCUUGUCGGCAAGGAUCAUACUCGCUUGACGAUCCAUACUGCCGCGGUGCAAAAUAUCUCGGAAAGCUUGUACACGCACAUUUGCGAUGAUUCUAUGAAGGCUUCUCCAUCCGAAGUUACGGUUCUUGAAGAUGUAGAGGCAGACACAUUCAUUGGGUUCUGUGAAUAUGUGUACACUGGUGCCUACGUGACUCCUGACGUUACCUCGACUGAACAUAAUGAGGAUGGGCUUAGUUUAGAAACGCAGGCUGCUGGUGGCACUCGAUCUCGCACGGGUUCAGAGACUAUUUCGACGCCUGGUUCUGAGUUUGAGGCUGAAGAUGCUGUUUCAGUAUUAGCGCUAGAGCCUGAAUCGUGUCCAGAGCCAGAACAAGCGACCACACCGGGGAUUCAAAUUGCUCAAUUGCCUAAUCACCCACUAUACAAAAAUUGGGACAGACUCCCCAAGGGGACCAAAAUGAAGAGAAGAAAACAAAUGAUAAAAAAAAAGCUACCUGUUAUUCCUGGCAAAGACCUUGUCUUACCACUUCCGGUGUCUGUGCCUUUACCCAAGGAGCCUGUCCCGGUCGAAGAGCCUGUCCCGGUCGAAGAGCCUGUCCCGGUCGAAGAGUCUGAACCUGAAUUACCCGAAACGAAAUCCGUGCCUGUCCCUGAAACAAACAACAAUAAUAAGUGGAGAGAAGCAAUUACAACCACUCGGUCAGUCGAGGUUCCUCCCAUUUCUCCUUAUGGAAAGCUGUGGGAGAGAUUCCGCGCACUGGAAUUCCCUGGACAACCUGCAUCGCUCAGCACCAAUCCGGACCUUGUCUUCCAUGUGAAGGUAUAUAUCUUUGCAACAAGAUUUCGGAUUGAGCCUCUGCGCCAGCAAUGUCUGACAUCUAUUCACCGAGACCUCUGCAACUUUUCAGUGAACCGCAACAACGUGUCCCAGAUCCUUGACCUUCUUGACUUUACGUACGCGCAUACUGGGCGAUAUGAAUUCUCCCAGAAAUCUCCAAUCCGGGAUUUGGUCAUUCACUAUGCUGCUUGUGAAGCACGGGCAUUGGCAGAGAAUGAAAAGCUCACAGGUAUUCUAGAUUCGAACAGUGAAAUGGGGUCAGAUUUUGUUAUGAAGCUUGUUGAAUAG